AUGAAAAUGGUUCGUGAAGGUUGGAUCUCUAUGUCUGCUACUUUCACAAUUGGAAAACAAACAAAAGUAGGUGACGAAACCAAGACCCAAUCAAUAGGUCAGAACUUACAAUCUGGUCCAAUUUUUUGUGGUCCCAUUUUGAUUCUUUCCCACAGCCACUUGAUGUUUGGAUGCCAAGAAAAUGUCGGGGCAAAAGAGAGAAGAAAACAGAACAGUGAAAAGGUUAAAGGUUCCUCUUCCCUGAACACGGAAAAUCCGUACGUACGCAGUGAUGUAACAGUUGGGAGGGACACAAAGAGAGCAAGCUGGGUAAGGAUAAUGUAUGUGGGGACCAGCUGGAGUGUUACGAGGAGUAGUGCAAUAAACGCACGUGGUCCACGCGUUUCCGCGGGAAACCCACCGUCUUUCUGGCAGUUGGAUUAA